AUGGAUUAUCAACAACAACGGCAACAGUCAAACAAACCAUCGACCCAAGUGGCACAAAAAGCCCUUGAGGUCUUUGCUUUUGACGCCAGUUGUCUUUCUGUUCCACUUUUACCAGCGGGUGUGGUUUCAGGAGUUUCAGGCGGUGAACCAAUUAUUUGGUCUGCCACUGAAUUUGAGCGAAACACGACAGCCGGAAAAUUCCGAUUAUAUUUGGACCAAGGGCGGAAAUGGGACAUUUGGAUGCCAGUUUCGCCCAGCUUCUAUUCCGAUGGUGUUCCGCCGGAUAUUCCUGGGCUCGCCGAACAGGCUGCCAGAAAUACUGGUGGCGCAUAUCGGUACAGAGGUAGACAAAGCUGGCACAAUCAAUAUCAGGGUUCUCCUCCAGAUGACAGACGAUGUGGCGACCGAGUGUUUACCAGCUCGAGUCGCUCACGAUUUGAAGGACUGAGACUCCCAGAUCGACUGGUCAGCCAGGAUUACAGCAUUACCAACGGAGGCAAUCAACACCACUACACGCACCAUCGGCAUAGUGGAGAAGCGGGUAACCAGAAAGCCACUGGUAACAAAAGACCGGCAUCAGUAACACCACCGGUAGUCAAGAUGGCGAAAUAUUUUUCGUCAGAUAAAGCAGAUGCGCGUGCAGGAGUCAAACAGGCAACUACCUCUCUAUCGAAACCAACCACCACCCAGUCAUCGAUCACCAUCACCAAACUGUCGGCGCCACAGUUGAGUAACUCUACAAAACGUCGUUUACGACGAGAAAGAGCGCAGGUAGCCGUAAACCAACAGCAACAACAGCCAACAAGCCAGGAUGACGAACCAAUAGUCACCAAAAUCGUCGUCGCUUCAAUUUCCCAACAAGGGAAUGACACAGACGAGGCGUCUUCCGACGAUGAGAUAUCCCCCGACCAACAACCUGAGCUACUUGUCGUAAGGAUGACAAGUAUGACAGUCCACGACGGCGACGUAAGUGACAAUGCCAUCACCAAAGAGAGCGGCGAGGCAGAAACAGCCUCAGCCAUCAAGCCACCACCACGAAAAACAUGCUGUUUUUCUUUCGUGAUGUGA